CAGUUACGUAGGCCAUGGUACGGGUUCUGCUAUAAGAUCGAUUAGAUGUUGAAGCGAAGGCACGGCGCUUACGCUGCUAAACUUUCGACUUGUGUAAAGCUCAUCAGGAUGGUCGUCUCGACGCUAUCGAAUAAUCCCCGUCAUCGCAUUUAGCCUCUUUGUUGGCCAAGCUCAUCCGCAUUCACCGUCUCUCCGCCGCGUCGGCCUAUCAACUGCUUAGUUCUAAGUUGAGGUUCGUUACUAGACCGAAAAGAACAUUCCAAAUAAUACUAGUAAAAACCAAGAAUGUUGGCAGAUCCGACGGUAUCGAUUCUUGGCAGCGACCCGGCGCACCGGAACUGCGUGCUGAACGGGAACGCGUUCCAGCAGGACGCUAUCCGGUCGUUCGGUGGCUGGCAGUACGCGUGCUUCUAUAGCUCUCUUGCGUCGUCGGAUGGUGACGUCGGCAAGAGAGAGCCGCUGUACGUGCACGUGUCACGCAGGAAGCUACCGGGGGGGCCCUGGGAGACACUGGUCCUUAAGGACUAUCCACAGACGACCGACGACGGCCACAACACAGUCCAGCUCGGUAUCUGCCCUGGCGACGGCACCAUACACCUCUCGUACGACCAUCACUGUGACGUGAUACGCUAUCGCUACUCCCAGACAGGCGUGGCUCACGAUCCGGAGGCCUUCUCGUGGGACGCAGCGCUCUUCGGGGGCCACCUCUCGCGGCUCCCAGGCCUCGGGCCGGAGCACGACCAGCUCUUCAGCUAUGUGACGUACCCGCGGUUCUUACCCCUCGGGCCGAACCUGCUGUUCUCGUUCCGCACGGGCAAGGCCGGGCUUGGCGACGACCAUCUCUGCUCAUACGAGCCGCAAUCCCCGGCUAGCAGCAGCGCCAACACCACCACCGACCUCGCUGCCACCCCUGUUGGUGUCACUGCAGACGCCCGACUCAGAAAUACCAGCAGCGGCGACGACGGCGGAGGCAGCGGGAACCGCCCCGUCUACGCCUACACGCUUCUCGGCACGCACCUGCAGGGCGUGUCGAACAACCCGUACGUGCACGGGCUGGAUUAUCGCGGCGGGCAAUUGCACGCGACGUGGGUGUGGCGGGGAUUCGUGUGGUACGCGGGGUGGGACGACGCGCGGGACGAGCAACAUAAGGCGCAGGCGGGGCCGAACUCGGCGGCCAACAACUACGACAUCUGUCACGCGUACUCGGACGACGGCGGGCGGACGUGGCGCAACGGCGCCGGGUACGUCGUCGCCGACCUGCGCCGCGGCCAGAGCGUCCGCCCCGACGCCCCCGGCAUCACCGCCUUCGCCAUCCCCAAGGCCAUGGGCCUGGCCAACCAAGAGGCCCAGGCCCUUGACCGCGCCGGCGGCGUCCACGUCCUUAACCGCGACGCCACCGACGGCACGCUCCGGUGGAAGCAUUAUUACCGGUCACCGGAAGGCACCUGGUCCCAGCGCCCCCUGCCUUACGUCUGCGCCGUCGUGGGAGGCCGCCGGGGCCGGCUCGCCGUGAGCCGCGACGACGCGCUGUACCUGAUUCUCCCCGAGGCUUCGUCCUCCGCGGCCCCAGACGGCCUGAACGCGCCCAUGGGCCUCACUAUCCUCCGCACGACCAAGGCCGACGGCUAUGCGCAGUACGAGCGCGUCUGGCAGCGGGCGGCGGCGCUCGCAGGCGGCGAGCCGCUUGUCGACACCGGGCGCCUCGAGGAUGAAGACGUGUUGUCCGUGUUCACGCGGAUCCAUACCGGCAGCGGCGCAUUGAGGAUGGAAGUAGGGAAAGGUGUGGCAACGGGCGAGGGGGAGACAGAGGGGGUUGCCGUUGCAGUUUUAGAUUUCCAGUUGUAAGCGGGAGGGGCGGUUAAGAGGGAUAGUUCGGCGCUCAGAUAGAGGGCGAGGAGAUGCAGCCUGAUCGUAGUGUAUCGCAGCGCUAUAGACUAGGCAUAUAACAGGGGUUGGUUAGUUAGAGGUGAAACGUUGGAUUUACCA